ACAUACUUAUAUACAUAUACAUCAAUCAUGUCAAACAACAGAUCAAAGGCAAAGAUUGAACAGGAGGAGGAUGAGCCUAGACUCACCCUGCCACACCAGGGCGUGCUGUUUGCGAUUUAUGAUGAGUUCGACUCGGAUGAGUCCAGUCAACAGGAUGAAGCAACGAUAUAUUACUAUCCCGAAGAGAAGGAUCAGGAGAGGAAGGCACUGUACGGUGGUGUGCUACUGGCGUUCAUGGGCACACUGAUCGAUUUCUUCAACAGCAAGAGUCAGAUCGACUACAUGGUGUUGGAGCGACAUACCAUCGCCUACAAGAUCGUCGGCCCCUAUACAAUGGGCCUGACCGCGUCCAACCUGAUCCCGCCAUCAACGAUCAAGGCACACCUCGAUCAUCUCUACAACAUGUUCUGCUUCCACUUCCGCAGCUUCCAAGAUGUCAAGUCCAAAGAGAACAAGAUACGCAUGGAGCGCAUCCUCAAUCGAAUGAUGCCCAAGUUCUCAACAGAGCUCUAUCAGAACAGAAUGCGAUCAUUCAUGCCCAUCCCCUAUACUCCACUGCCUUCUGGAUCGAACAAGACAUUCUUCAAAGCAUCAGACUUGAUACAUAAUAUCAUCUUCCCUGAACACUUGGGCGGCGCGCUAUUCAUCAAGAAUCAUGUACUGUACACAAACAUCGAGUUGGACACGACUCGUCACAUCUUGGAUUUGAUCAAUCGCGAGCGAGAAGAGAACAACUCCAACAGAACAUACCCAUACUCUGGCAUCUGGGACGUCGACACGCUCACUGUAUAUAUAUCACCGGCACACUAUAACAAGCUGGCCACCUACAAGAGGGACUAUACCAAUUUGAACGUACCUCUGGUCCCAGACGCGCCACCACAGGCCGCGCAACAGCAGCAGCAACAGCAACAACAGCAAGACGAUCAUGAGCACGUGAAGGAGAAGCAGCCAGAGCCUUCGGCCAACUUUGUCCCAGUUGAGCUGCUACUGGUGUUCUGGCCGCAGGUCACGGUCGCAGUGCUGACUAACGAGUUGGGUCACCAAGCCAACAGAUACCUCAACAAGAUCAUGGCGCGUCCAAUCUCCUCGGUUGUCGAGUCACUCGAGAAGGACACGUUCAAUCAGACGGGCCUCACGUCCAACACCACAAUCUCGCCAUCAGCCUUCCAGUAUCACUUCCUGAGUCACAACACGCUGACGGAGCAGGCAGUGAGCAGCGGCAUGUCGACCGAGAUCGAGGACAUCUUCAUUCACACGUGCUCCAACAUCCACGACACGUUCAACGAGAAUCCCAACAUCACGCAGAUGUUCCUGAGGAAUCAACAGAGCGAGAUCUUCUGCAAGAAGCAAUUCGGACACGAGAUAUACUACCAACCAAAGAACAGCAACCAAUUCGUAGAGCAAUGCGAGACCAUCGUCCAAAAGAAUCUUCGUGAGAAUCACAACAUCAACAUCUUGUAG